CACACGCACCGUUGCGAGUAAAGAGCCUCCCCUGUCCCGCCACGUUGCGGGCUAUCAUUGGUUAGAUUUAACCACGCGCCACCACAGCGUGUCUGAACACUCCGUUUUCCGGCAACAAACACUAGCCAAAUUUGUCCCGGUGAUGACGCCCCAUUUCGCCUCGUUCCCCCCCUCUCAUUUAGAUUUAGAUAUAUGCUACGCCUAUUUUCACGCGCAAGACGUUUCCAAAACGCCCUCCCUCUCUCUCUCUCUGGAAGCCUAAAACCCAUCAAUCUCUCUCUCUCUCUCGUGUUAAGUAAUCGAUCGCCAUGGGAGACGAGAGGGAGCCGUUGGUCGACCGGAAGAAGGCGUACUCGAGGUGUGCGUCGCACGCUCACGACGAGCUUCACUCGUUCCGGACGUGGCUCCGGUGGAUGUGCGUGGACCAGUCGACGACGUGGACGGCGUGCCUCUCGUGGAUCGUCUUCUUCAUCUUCGCGAUCGCCGUGCCCUGCCUCUCGCACUUCUUCCUCGCCUGCGCCGACUGCGACGCCCGCCACGCCCGCCCCUACGACGGCGUCGUCCAGCUCUCCCUCUCCGCCGUGGCCACCCUGUCCUUCGUCUGCCUCUCCAGCUUCGUCCGCAAGUACGGCCUCCGCCGCUUCUUGUUCUUGGACAAGCUCGUGGACCACAGCGAGACCGUCCGCAAGGGAUACACCGGCCAGCUCAGUAGGUCACUUAAGAUUCUCUUCUUCUUCGUGAUGCCAUGUUUCGCUGCGGAGAGUGCCUACAAGAUAUGGUGGUAUGCCUCCGGCGCCAGCCGGAUUCCCUUCUUGGGAAAUGUUUACGUCAGUGACACAGUGGCAUGCGUCCUGGAGCUCUGCUCGUGGCUCUACCGCACCGUCGUCUUCUUCCUGGUCUGCGUUCUCUUCCGCUUGAUCUGUUACCUUCAGAUCCUGCGCUUUCAGGACUUCGCUGUCGUGUUCCAGACCGAAUCCGACGUCGAGUCGGUGCUGGCCGAGCACCUCCGAAUCCGACGGUAUCUACGAAUCAUCAGCCACCGCUACCGCGUGUUCAUUCUCUGGGCCCUCAUCUUCGUCACCAUCAGCCAGUUCGCUUCGCUUCUCAUGACCACUCGAUCCACCGCCGAGGUCAACAUUUACAAGGCCGGCGAACUUGCGCUUUGCUCGGUGAGCCUUUUAACGGGGCUGAUGAUUUUGCUGCGGAGUGCUACAAGGAUCACGCACAAGGCCCAGUCAGUAACUAGCCUAGCUGCCAAAUGGCACGUGUACGCCACGGUAGAGUCGUUCGACAGUACGGGCGACACUGAGACUCCAGUGGCCCACGCUGUGGCUAACCAGGUUUUUCCGGUGACCCCCGAUGCCCCCUCAUCCGACGGUGAAGAUGUCAGCGAUGAAGAGGACGAACUCGACAACACCAAAUUGGUGCGGGCUUACGCUUAUAGCACCAUCUCCUUUCAGAAACGACAAGCUCUAGUGACGUACUUCGAGAACAACAGAGCGGGGAUCACAAUAUACGGGUUUAUGCUGGACAGAGCAUCACUAAACACCAUAUUCGGGAUAGAGAUGUCUCUGGUGCUCUGGUUGCUGGGCAAGACCAUCGUCAGUCUCUAAGCCCCUCUCUCAUCCUCCAGUCAAUGCGUUAUGCGGACGGAUUUGAGCCGGAAUGGAAUGGGCGAUGGAGAAGUUGCCCUUGGUUUUUACCAUCAAGCCAGAAGUGAUACUCAAAGCCAAAAUUUUUUGUUACUCGAAAUUUGUCUGAGGCGGGUAAAUUGAGGGAAAGGUGCGCGUCGAGUAACAUAACAAUCUCUGAUACUCAAACAACAAAUAAUUCUAUGGAUAUAGUGAUUCAUGAAUCAUUAAAUUUUUGUUUAUACAUCGUACAGAUAAUCCUUGAGACGGGAUGAUUUUGAUAUUCAAGCAUUUGGCUUUUUUCUUAAUUGAUUUUUAGACUUUAAUUUUAUUAAGAGUAAAUUGUA